AUGUUUGAAAAUUCUCAAGACGUCGCUAAUGACUAUGAAAGAUUAUUUGAAACCGAAGAAGGUUAUGAUGUUAUUAUUUAUGCUAGUGAAGAUGGAAGUAGAGAAAUUCAUGCACAUUCAUUUGUAUUACGUACAAGGUCACAAUAUUUUCGUACAGAAUUCUCUAAUGAAUCGCUUGUGAGGAGGGAUGGAAGAUUUAUUCUUAACAUACCUAAUAUUUCCCCUCAAUUACUUAUAAAGAUUAUAAGAUUUAUUUAUUGUGGAAAGACUAAUCUGGAGGAAUUACAAGAGUCUGAUAUUUUAAGACUUUUGAUAGCAGUAGAAAGGUUUAAUAUUCAACCUUUAAUUAAAUCCAUUCAGAAAUAUUUGAUUGAAAAUAAGAAUAAUUAUGUACAACAAAAUUCUAUUGAAAUUCUUAAAAAGAUUCAUCAAAAUAAUGCUUUUAUAGUUUUACAGAAUAUUUGCAUCAAGAAAAUUUGUGAAGAUCCUCAAAUAUUACUUAGUAAAUUUAACAGUUUAAGUGCAUCUUUAUUGGAGUUACUAUUUAACAGGGACGAUUUACCGCUAGACGAAAUUGUUAUCUGGGAUAAUUUGAUUGGAUGGUGUCGGGCUCAACACAGAAUUCCACAAGAUCCUACACAAUGGAAUAAUGACGAAAUCACAAAUAUGGAGAGAACUAUUCAUAGAUUUGUUCCAUUGAUAAGGUUUUGUCAUAUUUCUCCGGAAAAUUUUGCUAUUAAAGUAUAUCCAUUUAAAGAAAUAAUACCAAAUGAUUUAAUUAAUGACAUGGUCAAAUUUCAUAUGACUCAAAAUCAGCAAUUUAAUAAUGAUAGACGACCUCCUAGAUGUAGCAUUGAUUCUGUAAUAAUUAAUCAAAAUCACAUUGCAGUUUUUGCAAAUUGGAUUUAUAGGAAAAAUAAAUUCUAUGGAUAUAUUCCUUAUAAGUUUAAUCUUUUAUAUAGAGCCAGCAGGGAUGGUAAUACAACUGAGUCAUUUCAUAAAAAAUGUGAUAAUAAAGGUGCUACUUUAGUUAUAGUAAAAAUCGCAAAUUCAAAACAAAUAGUUGGAGGAUAUAAUCCACUUUCUUGGGAUAAUUCUUCGGGUUGGAAGUCUAAUUAUGAUAGUUUUAUAUUUUCAUUUACAGAUAGAAAUGACCUUCGUAGUGCAAAAGUAUGUUAUAGUCAUGGUGACGCAAAAUCUAUAGGUUGUCAUUCAGACAAAGGUCCAACUUUUGGUUGGAAUUUGAAUGUUUAUAAAGGUACCUGGUACAAUGAUCAAACAAAUUCUUAUACUAAUAUUGGUAUACCCGGAAAGUUUGAUGCAGAUGACUAUGAAGUUUUUAAAGUUAUUAAAAGAUAA